UGCGAUCUCAGCGGGGCGGUGGCCGUAAGAGGAGAACGUGCGGGGGCGGGCGCAGGGUAGCGCCUCCGCGGGCCAUUGGAUGAGGCUGCCGCCUGUCUGUCAGUCUCGCAGGCCCGGCCCCGCCUCCUGCGGCGCAGCGGCGCGGGACGUACGCCGCCGUGGGGGCUGCCGGGAAGGGCCCAAGAUGGCCGGGGGCCUUUCCGCUUUUGCUUACGGCCCUGGGCCCCAUUCAUUACCCCUCUGCUGAGCGGCGCCGCGUGGCGUGAGCCGGCCCGAGGCAUCCGGGGGUUGCCCCGCCAGGCGUGAGGGCGCCAUGGCGACCCUGGAAAAGCUGAUGAAGGCCUUCGAGUCUCUCAAGUCCUUCCAGCAGCAGCAGGCACCGCCGCCUCAGCCGCCUCAGCCCCCUCAGCCGUCUCCUCAGGCGCCGCAGCCCCAGGCGCAGCCCCCCCCGCCUCCGCCGCCGCCAAAGAAGGAACUCUCGGCCACCAAGAAAGAUCGUGUGAAUCAUUGUCUUACGAUCUGUGAAAACAUAGUGGCGCAGUCUCUCAGAAAUUCUCCAGAAUUUCAGAAACUCCUGGGCAUUGCCAUGGAACUUUUCCUGCUGUGCAGUGAUGAUGCAGAGUCAGAUGUCAGAAUGGUGGCUGACGAAUGCCUCAACAAAGUUAUCAAAGCUUUGAUGGAUUCCAACCUUCCAAGGCUCCAGUUAGAGCUCUACAAGGAAAUUAAGAAGAAUGGUGCCCCUCGAAGUUUGCGCGCUGCCCUGUGGAGGUUUGCUGAACUGGCUCACCUGGUUCGGCCUCAAAAGUGCAGGCCUUACCUGGUGAACCUUCUGCCAUGCCUGACACGAACAUGCAAGAGACCUGAGGAAUCUGUCCAGGAGACCUUGGCUGCAGCUGUUCCCAAAAUUAUGGCUUCUUUUGGCAACUUUGCAAAUGACAAUGAAAUUAAGGUUCUGUUGAAGGCGUUCAUAGCGAAUCUGAAGUCGAGCUCCCCUACAGUCCGGCGGACGGCAGCUGGCUCAGCAGUGAGCAUCUGCCAGCACUCCAGGAGGACGCAGUACUUUUACAGCUGGCUGCUCAAUGUACUGCUAGGUCUGCUGGUUCCGGUGGAGGAAGAACACCCCACACUCCUGAUCCUUGGGGUGCUGCUCACGCUGAGGUAUCUGGUGCCCUUGCUGCAGCAGCAGGUCAAGGACACGAGCCUGAAAGGCAGCUUUGGAGUGACACGGAAAGAGAUGGAAGUCUCUCCGUCUGCAGAACAGCUGGUCCAGGUUUAUGAACUGACCUUGCAUCACACGCAACACCAAGACCACAACGUGGUGACCGGCGCGCUGGAGCUUUUGCAGCAGCUCUUCCGCACACCCCCGCCUGAGCUCUUACAGGUGCUGACCACUCCGGGGGGCCUGGCUCAGCUCUCCGCCACUCAGGAGGAGGCCCAGGGCCGGAGUCGCAGCGGGAGCAUUGUGGAGCUUCUAGCUGGAGGGGGUUCUUCUUGCAGUCCUGUCCUUCCAAGAAAACAAAAAGGGAAAGUGCUCUUAGGAGAGGAGGAAGCCUUGGAGGAUGACUCCGAAUCGAGGUCAGACGCCAGCAGCUCGGCCUUUGCAGCCUCUGUGAAAGGGGAGAUCAGUGGAGAGCUGGCAGCCUCCUCGGGGGUCUCCACACCUGGGUCUGUGGGUCAUGACAUCAUCACCGAGCAGCCCCGGUCACAGCAUACGCUGCAGGCAGACUCAGUGGAUCUGUCCGGCUGUGACUUGACCAGCACCGCCACUGAUGGGGAUGAAGAGGACAUCCUGAGCCACAGUUCCAGCCAAAUCAGUGCUGUCCCAUCCGACCCUGCUAUGGACCUGAAUGAUGGGACCCAAGCCUCCUCACCCAUCAGUGACAGCUCCCAGACCACCACCGAAGGGCCCGAUUCAGCUGUGACCCCUUCUGACAGCUCUGAGAUCGUGUUAGAUGGUGCUGACAGCCAGUAUUCAGGCAUGCAUGUUGGCCCCCCGCCAGAUGAGGACGAGGCUGUGCCAGGCAGCCUUCCUGCUGGCACCUCGGAUGCUUUCAGGAGCUCUUCUCUGGCCCUUCAGCAAGCACAUUUAUUGGAAAGUAUGGGUCACAGCAGGCAGCCUUCUGAGAGCAGUAUAGACAAGUUUGUAUCAAGAGAUGAAGCUGCUGUACCAGGCGAUCAAGAGAACAAGCCUUGCCGGAUCAAAGGUGACAUAGGACAGUCUACUGAUGACGAUUCUGCUCCUCUGGUCCAUUGUGUCCGCCUUUUAUCUGCUUCAUUUUUGCUAACUGGGGGAAAAAAUGUGCUGGUUCCGGACAGGGAUGUGAGGGUCAGUGUGAAGGCCCUAGCCCUUAGCUGCGUUGGGGCAGCUGUGGCCCUUCAUCCAGAAUCUUUCUUCAGCAAACUGUAUAAAAUGCCUCUGGACACCACGGAAUACCCUGAACAGCAGUAUGUCUCUGACAUUUUGAGCUACAUUGACCAUGGAGACCCACAGGUCCGCGGAGCCACUGCCAUUCUCUGUGGGAUGCUCAUCUCCUCUGUCCUCAGUAGAUCCCGCUUCCACGUGGGGGACUGGCUGGGCACCAUUAGGAUGCUGACAGGAAAUAGAUUUUCUCUAGCGGACUGCAUUCCUCUGCUUCAGAAAACAUUGAAGGAUGAAUCUUCUGUGACGUGCAAGUUGGCGUGUACAGCUGUGAGGCAUUGUGUCAUGAGUCUGUGCAACAGCAGCUACAGUGACUUGGGACUGCAGCUGCUGGUAGACCUACUGGCCCUGAGGGACAGCUCCUACUGGCUGGUGAGGACGGAGCUCCUGGAGACACUAGCAGAGAUGGACUUUAGGCUGGUGAGCUUCUUGGAGGCAAAAGCAGAGAGCCUGCACAGAGGGGCUCAUCAUUAUACAGGGCUUUUAAAACUGCAAGAGCGAGUGCUCAGUAAUGUUGUCAUCUCCUUGCUGGGGGACGAAGACCCCAGGGUGCGGCACGUUGCUGCGGCGUCAUUGGUGAGGCUUGUCCCAAAGCUGUUUUAUAAGUGUGACCAAGGACAGGCUGAUCCAGUAGUGGCCGUGGCAAGAGACCAAAGCAGUGUUCACCUGAAGCUCCUCAUGCACGAGACGCAGCCUCCUUCACACUUCUCCGUGAGCUCCAUCACCAGAAUCUAUAGAGGGUAUAGUUUACUACCAAGCAUAACAGACAUCACCAUGGAAAAUAACCUCUCAAGAGUUAUUGCCGCCGUUUCUCAUGAGCUGAUCACGGCCACCACACGUGCGCUUACGUUUGGAUGCUGUGAAGCUUUGUGUCUUCUUUCAGCCGCCUUUCCAGUUUGCGUGUGGAGCUUAGGUUGGCAUUGUGGAGCACCACCCCUGAGCAUUUCCGAUGAGUCCAGGAAGAGCUGCACUGUUGGGAUGGCCACUGUUAUUCUUACCCUGCUCUCCUCGGCUUGGUUCCCACUGGACAUCUCUGCCCAUCAAGACGCCUUGAUCUUGGCAGGAAACUUACUCGCAGCCAGUGCCCCCAAAUCUCUCAGAAGUUCAUGGGCCUCUGAAGAAGAAGCCAGCCCCACAACCACCAGACAGGAGGAGGUAUGGCCUGCCCUAGGGGACCGGACCCUGGUGCCCAUGGUGGAGCAGCUCUUUUCCCACCUGUUGAAGGUGAUCAAUAUCUGUGCCCAUGUCCUGGAUGACGUGGCUCCUGGGCCAGCAAUCAAGGCAGCUUUGCCUUCUCUGACAAACCCCCCUUCACUAAGUCCCAUCCGGCGAAAGGGUAAGGAAAAGGAACCCGGAGAACAAGCCUCUGCGCCAUUGAGCCCUAAGAAGGGCAGUGAGGCCAGUGCAGUUUCUCGACAAUCUGAUACCUCAGGGCCAGUCACAGCCAGUAAGUCCUCAUCUCUGGGGAGUUUCUAUCAUCUUCCUUCAUACCUCAAGUUGCAUGACGUCCUGAAGGCUACUCACGCCAACUACAAGGUCACCUUGGAUCUUCAGAACAGCACUGAAAAGUUUGGGGGGUUCCUGCGCUCGGCCUUGGACGUUCUCUCCCAGAUUCUAGAGCUGGCGACGCUGCAGGACAUUGGGAAGUGUGUUGAAGAGAUCCUGGGGUAUCUGAAGUCCUGCUUUAGCCGGGAACCAAUGAUGGCUACUCUUUGUGUCCAGCAGCUGCUGAAGACUCUCUUUGGGACAAACCUAGCCUCCCAGUUUGAUGGCUUAUCUUCUAACCCCAGCAAGUCUCAAGGACGAGCGCAGCGCCUUGGCUCUUCCAGUGUGAGGCCGGGCCUGUACCACUACUGCUUCAUGGCCCCCUACACCCACUUUACGCAGGCCCUUGCGGAUGCCAGCCUGAGGAACAUGGUGCAGACGGAGCAGGAGCACGACACCUCAGGAUGGUUUGAUGUGCUCCAGAAGGUGUCCUCCCAGCUCAAGACAAACCUCACGAGUGCUACAAAGAACCGUGCAGACAAGAAUGCUAUUCACAACCACAUUCGUUUAUUUGAGCCUCUUGUCAUAAAAGCUUUGAAACAGUACACGACAACAACCUCUGUGCAGUUGCAGAAGCAGGUUUUGGAUUUGCUGGCACAGCUGGUGCAGUUACGGGUGAAUUACUGCCUUUUGGACUCGGAUCAGGUGUUUAUUGGAUUUGUGCUAAAGCAGUUUGAAUACAUUGAAGUAGGCCAGUUCAGGGAAUCAGAGGCAAUUAUUCCAAACAUCUUUUUCUUCCUGGUGUUACUGUCUUAUGAACGCUACCAUUCAAAGCAGAUCAUUGGAAUUCCUAAAAUCAUCCAGCUCUGCGAUGGCAUCAUGGCCAGCGGGAGGAAGGCUGUAACACAUGCAAUCCCAGCUUUGCAGCCCAUAGUCCAUGACCUUUUUGUGUUAAGAGGAACAAACAAAGCUGAUGCAGGGAAGGAGCUUGAAACCCAGAAGGAGGUGGUGGUGUCAAUGCUGUUGCGACUCAUCCAAUACCAUCAGGUGCUGGAGAUGUUCAUCCUUGUCCUGCAGCAGUGCCACAAGGAGAAUGAGGACAAGUGGAAGCGGCUGUCUCGGCAAGUCGCUGACAUCAUCCUGCCCAUGCUUGCCAAGCAGCAGAUGCAUAUUGACUCACAUGAAGCCCUUGGAGUGCUAAACACUUUGUUUGAGAUUCUGGCCCCUUCCUCCCUCCGCCCAGUGGACAUGCUUUUGCGCAGUAUGUUCGUCACUCCAAGCACGCUGGCCUCUGUGAGCACUGUCCAGCUGUGGAUCUCUGGAAUCCUAGCCAUCCUGAGGGUCCUCAUUUCCCAGUCAACUGAGGAUAUUGUUCUCUCUCGCAUUCAGGAGCUCUCCUUCUCUCCAUAUUUAAUCUCCUGUUCAACAAUUAGCAGGCUGAGAGAUGGGAGUAGUAAUUCGACACCAGAAGAACACAGUGAAGGGAAACAAUUGAGGAAUUCGCCUGAAGAAACAUUCUCGAGGUUUCUAUUACAACUGGUUGGGAUCCUUUUAGAGGACAUUGUUACAAAGCAGCUGAAGGUGGAAAUGAGUGAACAGCAGCAUACUUUCUACUGCCAAGAGCUAGGCACACUGCUCAUGUGCCUCAUCCACAUCUUCAAGUCUGGGAUGUUCCGGAGGAUCACCGCAGCUGCGACCAGACUCUUCACCAGCGACACCUGUGAGGGCAGCUUCUACACACUGGAGAGCCUAAACGCACGCGUGCGCUCCAUGGUGCCCACGCACCCGGCCCUGGUGCUGCUGUGGUGCCAGAUCCUGCUGCUUGUCAACCACACCGACCAUCGCUGGUGGGCAGAGGUGCAGCAGACGCCCAAGAGACACAGUCUGUCGUGCACGAAGUCACUCAGCCCCCAGGUGUCCAGCAAGGAGGAGGACUGUGAUUCGACAGCUCAACUUGGAAUGUGCAAUAGAGAAAUUGUGCGAAGAGGAGCCCUCAUUCUCUUCUGUGACUAUGUUUGUCAGAACCUCCAUGACUCUGAGCACUUAACAUGGCUCAUCGUAAACCACAUUCAGGAUCUGAUCAGUCUUUCCCACGAGCCUCCAGUGCAGGACUUCAUCAGUGCCAUCCAUCGGAAUUCUGCCGCCAGUGGCCUUUUCAUCCAGGCAAUUCAGUCUCGAUGUGAAAACCUUUUCACUCCAACCACUCUGAAGAAGACACUGCAGUGCUUGGAAGGCAUCCACCUCAGCCAAUCUGGUGCCGUGCUCACACUCUACGUGGACAGGCUCCUGAGCACCCCCUUCCGUGCACUAGCUCGCAGGGUCGACACCCUGGCCUGCCGCCGGGUAGAAAUGCUGCUGGCUGCAAACUUACAGAGCAGUACAGCGCAGUUGCCAGUGGAAGAACUGAACAGAAUCCAGGAGCACCUCCAGAGCAGUGGCCUUGCACAGAGACACCAAAGGCUCUAUUCCCUGCUGGACAGGUUCCGUCUUUCCACUGUGCAAGACUCACUCAGCCCUUUGCCCCCAGUCACCUCCCACCCGCUGGACGGGGAUGGGCACAUGUCCCUGGAAACAGUGAGUCCAGACAAAGACUGGUAUGUCCGCCUUGUCAGAUCCCAGUGUUGGACCAGGUCAGAUUCUGCGCUGCUGGAAGGUGCAGAGCUGGUGAAUCGCCUCCCCGCUGAGGACAUGCGUGUUUUCAUGAUGAGCUCGGUGUUCAACCUAAGCCUGUUGGCUCCGUGCUUAAGCCUCAGCCUGAGUGAAAUUGCAGCUGGCCAGAAGAGCCCUCUGUUUGAAGCAGCCCGUGGGGUGACUCUGGACCGUGUGACCAGCAUCGUUCAGCAGCUUCCUGCUGUCCAUCAAGUCUUCCAGCCUUUCCUGUCCACAGAGCCCACAGCCUACUGGAGCAAGUUGAAUGAUCUAUUUGGGGAUACCACAUUAUACCAGUCCCUCACCACGCUGGCCCGAUCCCUGGCACAGUACCUGGUGGUGGUGUCCAAAGUGCCUGCCCAUUUGCGCCUUCCUCCUGAGAAGGAAAAAGACACAGUGAAGUUUGUGGUGAUGACCCUGGAGGCCCUGUCAUGGCAUUUGAUCCACGAGCAGAUUCCACUGAGUCUGGACCUCCAGGCUGGGCUGGACUGCUGCUGCCUGGCCCUGCAGCAUCCGGGUCUCUGGAGCGUGGUCUCCUCCACUGAGUUUGUGACCCACGCCUGUUCCCUUAUCCACUGCGUGCGAUUCAUCUUGGAAGCCAUUGCAGUGCAGCCUGGAGACCAGCUUCUCAGUCUGGAAAGUCAGAAGAGCACCCUGAGGGCCAUCCGAGAGGAAGAAGUCAAUGCAGACACACGAAAUCCCAAGUACAUCACUACGGCCUGCGAAAUGGUGGCAGAGAUGGUGGAGUCCCUGCAGUCUGUGCUGGCCUUGGGCCACAAGAGAAACAGCAACAUGCCAGCAUUUCUCACAGCGGUACUCAAGAACAUUGUGAUCAGCCUAGCCCGCCUCCCCCUCGUCAACAGCUACACUCGAGUGCCACCCCUGGUGUGGAAACUUGGGUGGUCCCCCAAGCCAGGAGGGGACUUCGGCACUGUGUUCCCCGAGAUUCCCGUGGAGUUCCUGCAGGAGAAGGAAGUCUUUAAGGAGUUCAUCUACCGCAUCAACACUCUAGGGUGGACCAGUCGAACCCAGUUUGAGGAAACUUGGGCCACCCUCCUCGGUGUCCUGGUGACCCAGCCCCUUGUGAUGGAGCAGGAGGACAACCCACCUGAGGAAGACACGGAGAGGACCCAGAUCCACGUGCUGGCCGUGCAGGCCAUCACCUCCCUGGUGCUCAGUGCCAUGACUGUGCCCGUUGCUGGCAACCCAGCAGUGAGCUGUUUGGAGCAGCAGCCCCGGAACAAGCCCCUCAAAGCUCUCGAUACCAGGUUUGGUAGGAAAUUGAGCAUGAUCAGAGGGAUUAUAGAGCAGGAGAUUCAAGCGAUGGUUUCCAAGCGGGAGAAUAUUGCCACCCAUCACUCAUACCAGGCGUGGGAUCCUGUCCCUUCUCUGUCGCCUGCCACUACAGGCACCCUCAUCAGUCACAACAGGCUGCUGCUGCAGACCAACCCUGAGCGGGAGUUGGGCAACAUGAGCUACAAGCUGGGCCAGGUGUCCAUUCACUCUGUGUGGCUGGGGAACAACAUCACCCCCCUGAGAGAGGAGGAGUGGGACGAGGAGGAGGAGGAGGAGGCAGACGUCCCUGUACCUGCAUCUCCACCCACAUCUCCCAUCAACUCCAGGAAACAUCGGGCUGGAGUCGACAUCCACUCCUGUUCGCAGUUUCUGCUCGAGUUGUACAGCCGCUGGCUCCUUCCUUCCAGCUCAGCCAGAAGGACCCCGGUCAUCCUGAUCAGUGAAGUGGUUCGCUCUCUUCUUGUCGUCUCAGACUUGUUCACUGAGCGCAACCAAUUCGAGAUGAUGUAUUCGACGCUGACGGAACUGCGGCGGGUACACCCUUCUGAGGAUGAGAUUCUUGUCCAGUACCUGGUGCCAGCCACCUGUAAGGCAGCUGCUGUCCUUGGAAUGGACAAGGCCGUAGCAGAGCCAGUCAGCCGCCUGUUGGAAAGCACCCUCAGGAGCAGUCACCUGCCCAGCCAGAUCGGAGCCCUGCAUGGCAUCCUGUACGUGCUGGAGUGUGACCUCCUGGACGACACCGCGAAGCAGCUCAUCCCAGUCAUCAAUGACUACCUCCUGUCCAGUCUCAAGGGGGCAGCCUACUGCGUAAAUGUGCACAGCCAGCAGCAUGUGCUGGUGAUGUGUGCUACCGCUUUCUAUCUCAUUGAGAACUAUCCCCUGGACGUGGGGCCUGAAUUUUCAGCGUCAAUAAUACAGAUGUGUGGGGUGAUGCUGUCUGGCAGCGAGGAGUCCACUCCCUCCAUCAUCUACCACUGCACCCUCCGAGGCCUGGAGCGCCUCCUCCUCUCCGAGCAGCUCUCCCGGCUGGACGCAGAGUCCCUGGUCAAGCUGAGUGUGGACAGAGUGAAUGUGCACAGCCCGCACCGCGCCAUGGCUGCCCUGGGCCUGAUGCUCACCUGCAUGUACACGGGAAAGGAGAAAGCCAGUCCAGGCAGAACUUCAGAUCCUAACCCUGCAGCCCCAGAUAGCGAAUCUGUGAUCGUUGCCAUGGAGCGGGUGUCUGUUCUCUUCGAUAGGAUCAGAAAGGGCUUCCCCUGUGAAGCCCGAGUGGUGGCAAGGAUCCUGCCACAGUUCCUGGAUGACUUCUUCCCACCCCAGGACGUCAUGAACAAGGUCAUUGGAGAGUUUCUGUCCAACCAGCAGCCAUACCCACAGUUCAUGGCCACUGUUGUGUACAAGGUGUUCCAGACACUGCACAGUGCCGGGCAGUCGUCCAUGGUCCGGGACUGGGUCAUGCUGUCCCUGUCCAACUUCACGCAGAGGACCCCAGUCGCCAUGGCCAUGUGGAGUCUCUCCUGCUUUUUCGUCAGCGCAUCCACCAGCCCCUGGGUGUCGGCCAUCCUUCCACAUGUCAUCAGCCGGAUGGGCAAGCUGGAACAGGUGGAUGUGAACCUUUUCUGCCUGGUUGCCACAGACUUCUACAGACACCAGAUAGAGGAGGAGCUUGACCGCAGGGCCUUCCAGUCUGUGUUUGAGGUGGUCGCGGCACCAGGAAGCCCAUACCACCGGCUGCUAACUUGUUUGCGAAAUGUUCACGAGGUCACCACUUGCUGAGCAUCUGUGGUGGCAGAGGCCUGGAGGAGGCGGCCACUGGGGCCAGAGCCUCUGGGAGCUUGAGUGAGCCCUGGGGUCCCCUGGGUCACUGCAGGCUUCUGUUGGUAUCACAUGAGUGGCCAGGUGGUGUGUGCAUUUCUGCCCCCGUGACAGAAGUACUCUUUGCAGUGAGGGCUAUGCAAGGGACAUGCAGCAGAUUGGGGUUGAGCCUGAGUCCUGUGCUGGUGGCCAUGUGGUUGGCAGGUGUUGUCCCUCUCCUAGUGUUCUCCUGUUCAUGUUGCAGGGUUGCAGUACCCUUGUGUCCAGAGCAGGAGCCCUUGCUCUCACAGGUGGCCCUGGCCUCCCUGUCCCACAGGCAGACAUGCUUCCCGCAGGCUGCAGAGCUCUCCCUGCAUCUCCACGGUGGGGUGUGCCUGCCGCACCCAUGUCUGGACGCUGUGGUGCGUGGCAAGUGAGGCUGGGGGGCGCUAGGCGCCCAGCACCAGCCUCCCUUUCUGUUUUCUUCUCAGGACUUAAAAUUUAAUUAUACCAGUAAAGAGAUUAAUUUUAAUGUAACACUUCCUAUGCCCGUGUACAGUGUGUGACUUGCAAGGCCUGUGCUGCAUGCGACAGCAUCUGUGGAUGUGAACGGGCCCUCUAGCGCCGCUCCCCUCCUGAAGCCGCCUGAGCUGGCUGGGCAGGCCCCUCCCGUGCACACAUCCCCUUUCCUAUUGUCCCUGUGUAGCUGGAGUGGAAAGAGGUAUCAUGUCCAGGGCCCAGCCCUAGGGACUGAGGAGGAUGCUCUCCUCCAUGCCCACUGCACGGCCCCUCAUCGAGCACAGACAACAUUCACGUUCACCCACAGUGAGAGGCCUGGCAACCUCUAGCACCAGUCCAUCCUCCAGCCAGGACUUGGUCUGCAUAGCAGCCAGUGUUAGGUGCACUGUCCCCUUGCCUCAUGGGCACAGUGGGGCCCUGAUGGGUACCUGGCUGCAGCCCUAGGUGUCACAGCUGUGUUUUGUCUGAGCUCCUUGUGGUCAAAAGCAAAAUGUAGUGUCUUGGUGACUAUUGAAGAUGAACCCCAACAGCUCUCCUCCCCCUCAUAUGUGUGCCUCCCUCAGCCUACGAGAGUGCACAUCUGUGUCCACAGAGUGCAGGGAUGAGGCUCACUCUUGGUUGAAUGGAGAUGGGAUGGUGAGCAGGAGAAGGCCUGUGGCUGGUCACCUAUGGCCUGGAGACAGCUCCACUUCUACCCUAGGCCCAGGAUCCCAGGACUUGCUUCAGGUUUCCAGGCCCAAAUGGCCACAUGGUUUAAAUGGAAGUGAGCCUGGACGGCAGAGAUCCCUGGUUGUGCUCACUGCCUUGGUUCAGAGCAAUGCCUGCUGUGCAGCAGAGCUGGUACUCUGCUCCCCGCACCCAGGCCAGCCCGCUGGCUGGGUGACUGCUGUGCUGGUUGGCUGGGGCAGUGUCUCGGUUGCACACAGUCGGUGCAGAGUGCUCGGAGCUGACUCCAGUCUCCCAAGGAGGAGAGCUCUUUCGGCUUGUGUUAGCUAGCAAUGUGUCAGUCUGCAGUGCCGCCUUGAGACCCUGAGCUCCCUCUGUCCUUUCCUGCUAUGGAGGAGCCCCUUGUGGCUAGCAUGAAGCUUUUCCAGCCAGCCCCAGCAGAGGCUUCAACAAGCCAGGACCAACUUAUCCUUGUAGUCAGCAACUCAGACAGUAGAAAUGGAUCCAGUUUGGGAGAAGACUGUAGGGAAACUACUGGAUUUUAACAAGAAGUGAGAAAGUCACUGAUUGUCCCUUAUUGAUUUGGGGCCCCUAUUUCUCAUCCCAGUUCUCCCCUAGGAAGCUGCUAGAAGUGUUUGGGAACUGUGGGAAACUUCUGCCACUCCACCCCCUGGUCAUCCCAGCAGCUCUGAGACCGAUGUGUUGCAGGCCAGACAGUGUUCCUGGCUAGAUGUUUACAUUGUAAGAAAUAACACUGUGAAUGUGAAAUUUGGAGCCAUUCCCCUUGGAAUUCUUAUCACUGGCCUCAGCGUAGAGUUUAAUUGGCCGCUUCUUGUUCACCGUAUGAUCUUAGCGUAGGGGCUGAAACCCAACCCUGGCCAUAGGCACCAACCCAAAGAUCUGUGUUCUCCAGAACACACAAGUUUGUAAGAGGUCUGUCCAUGUGUGUAUGUGUGUGCAUGUGUGCAUACCUACACUUGGAUUUACACAUGCACACAUACACACACACACACACACACCUCAAGUCAGACACACAAGCCCUCCGGAAACGCCUGUGUCCAAUCUUGCUGGAAGCUGCAUGAAGUUGCCACCUGACUGGAGCACCUGAGAGUGGGACUAGAUAAGAAGGGGACCCUGCUCAGAAAAGUCCCAUGGAAAAGCUGUCCUCCUGACCCACUCUGCACACACGGGUUCAAGACUCCAUCAAAUUCCUCCAAUGCUGCGGAUUCCCAAAUUUUAUCAGAAAAGUCACUUUGAUUAUCAAGUUUUUGUGGGGAGGCAGGGUAGGAUUUUUGUUUUCUUGCUGGUACUAUCAGGAAAGAUUUUAGUGAAACCAGGGUAGAAUUACUUGGCAAUGCACUGAAGCAUGUUUCUUCUCCAAGUUGUGCCUCCCUUCCACUGCUGGCCCCACUGACACAGAGGUGACUUUACUGUUCCAGGUGCCCUUUAUCAUACUCGCAAUUUCUCUUCACGUGGACCCAUCAGGAGGAGGAGUAGAAUGGAAACACCCCAGACACCCAGAAUGUACCCACCAAGGAGCUCCUCCCCGGAGCCACAGUGUCUCGGCCUAGUGCUCACCCUGUGGGUGGGUCACAUAGCAAUAACUGCCUGUUUCUUGGCGGCUACCUGGCAUUGUGGGGUUGGCUGUCUGUGCUUAUGAGGUAGAAUUAGUUCCUCUUGCUACCUGCGAGUGUCCUUCCCUGUCAGCCUCCUCCUGUGGGCUUGUCCCUCCCUCUCUGUGCUGUGUGCAGGGACCAGAGCUGCUAGCUGGGGUGAACUCGGUGUCCCCUGGAGUGACGUAUGGGACCAGGAAGACCUAGAGAGCUGCUUGGGGUGGCACAAGAGAAAAGGACUGUCCCUUGUCUGGCCUGGAGCUGUGCAUGGGGAAGGAGGGACUCGGAGAGCCUUGUGUUCACGGAAGGUACCUGGAGGGUUCAGGACCAUCUUCCUUGUGUGCCUGUCAUGUUUUAAUGCCAUUUCAGGAGCCCUGCCCCCAAGUGUUUCAGGGAGCAGAUCUUCCACUGCACACGGUGGGUGGGUCAUGGGCAGCGGAAAUCUGCCUGUGGGGUGUAGCUCUGACCUGGGGGCCUCCAUCCAGGCUGUAAGCAAGCAGGCUAUGGGCUGUGGCUGUGAUGGGCAUGUCCUGGAGCCCCGCCCAGCCCUGACUGUCUACUUCCAAGAGGAAGGACUGGCAUAAGAUGUAUAUUUAAAUUUUUUUAACUGCUGCACAUGUUGUAUAUUCAAAUUAAAGGAAUAAUCAAACCA